CACUCGCCAAAAAAACACAAACCAGAUUCUCCACUCCCAAGCCUCAGAGCUGUGUCUCUCUCUCUCCCCCCUCCGAUCCCCAAAACCCCUUUUAAAACCCAUCCUCUCUCUCUUUCUCUCUCGCUCUCGAUCUCUCGAUGGCCAAAACCUCAAUUGUCUCUCUCGUCAUCCUCUUUCUCUCUCUAGCCUCCUCCGACGACUCCGUCCACUCACUCCUCCGCGAUCACGGCCUCCCCGCGGGCCUCCUCCCCAAAACGGUCCACUCCUUCUCCCUCGAACCGUCCACAGGCCUCCUCGCGGUCCAGCUCCACGGCCCAUGCAUAGCCCAGUACGAGCGAAGCCCGGUCCGAUUCGAUCAGGAAAUCAACGCCAACUUGACCUUUGGGAGCUUGAAGGGGGUCAAGGGCCUGACCCAGGAGGAGCUUUUUCUGUGGCUGCCGAUCAAGGAGAUUUUGGUGACGGAUCCCAAGUCUGGGGUUAUCUUGUUUGAUAUUGGGAUGGCUCACAAGCAGCUCUCGGUCUCGAUCUUUGAGAAUCCGCCGGAUUGUAAGGAGGAUGGAGGACCUGAACUGAGAACCGCAGCUGGAUUCCAGGAGCAAAGAUAGAGAGCAAAAGGACUGAUGCUCCACAAUUUUCACGCUUUCCUCAAGUGUGCCCUUUUCUUUUAUUUUCUUCUUAUUAUAUUUUUAGUUCAUAUUAAUGGGUAACUAUGGUUUCUUAUAUAAAUGUAUGUCCAUAAGAGCGUGUAAAUUUUGUCUCUUCCGGCAUAAUAUUAAUAUACGUCUAUGGGUGAUGGUGUUUGAAGUUUGUAGAUCUUGGUUCUUCAUUUGGAGUGGAGUGCUGUGUAUGAUGUGUUUGCUUUAACUUGAA